GCCAGUUUCUUUAGUCUGUGGACUUGGAAUGUGGACGGAGUGUCGCAAAUAACAUGGCAUAGCAUAAAAUAAAUAAUAUUUGCAUUUGCUGUGCGAAAUACAUUAUUAUCUAAAUGUGUCGUUACGUUUCGUUAAAUAUAAAAGGUGUCAUGUGAAAAGACUGCGACUUUUAAUUCUUUGCGCAGGGUAAUAAAUGGGGGUAGCUUUUGUGAUUUUUAAUGUAUUGUGGUGAGUGGAGAUGGAUCGGCGUUGUUCCCAGUCCGUUCGGACGCUGGUUUUCGACGAUUCGGACUCCGACGCGUCUAAAAGCGGGCAGAGGAAGGAUUUGGCUUCAACAGGAGCUCCUUCGUCGUUGAAUCAGAGCGCUGAAGAUGCGGGCAAGAGUUUGCUCACGAAUCUUGUGCGCAUGCGUCGGUCAGCGCUCGGGAAGUCUGCACCCACUCUCUCGGUACACGUGAAAGAACAGUGCGUGGUAUCUCGAAGACCGUCAAGAUUGCCGCCUCCGCCUCCACAUCACAGGCUUUCACUUGUGAUCGGGUCAGGGAGGUGCAGUUCCCCGGGCACCGGUCCGCUGUCUCCGGCCGAGGGUCCGCGAUGGCCUCACGCUCACCACCCGCACCCUCUGCACCACGCGCUUCUCUCGUCCAGCGUGAAACGCGGCAAGGAGCUAAACAAGGAUAUCGACGGUCGCAGGUGGUCGGUGGCAUCGCUGCCCUCCUCUGGUUACGGGACCACGCCGGGCAGCUCGAGUCUAUCACAGUCACAAUGCUCGUCCCAGGAGCGGUUGCUGGCCGUGCAGACGGCCUGCGACCCGCAGCCCCGGGCGCCGUGUCCUCAUUGCCAACAUCAGAACUCGCUCAACAGUUCACAGGGCAGCGGUAUGAACAACUGGGCGUCCCUUUCGGAUAGCGGCGGCAGUGGCAAUGCUGGAGCCCGCGCGCCUUCACCGCAGGGCUUGUCACGACGGGUCCGGAGUCGCAGUCUUAGCAGUCCUUCCCGUUCUAUCGGCGGCUCGUCGGGCGGGGGGUCCGGCUCGCGGGACGACGCCGUGUCGGCCAUGUCGUCCCUGUUCGCUGCCAGAUUCCCCGCCGCUCAGAAAUCUAUGGACGACAAAUUAAGAGGACUAAUCGAUGAGCUCACGGAAUUGGAUAAGAAACCCGAUCGGCCGCCUAUAGAGAGAUUCGUACAGAGACAGGUUCUGGAAAUGGCUCGCGACUGCCUCCACAAGUCAGAAUCAAAGCAGGUGACCAGCACCUACUUCUAUGACAUGGCAGACAGUCUGGACCGGCUGCUUGCAGAGACGAGAGAGAAGUCAGCCGAAGCGGGUGGUCAGGUGGCGCCGCUGGUCAACCGGCUGAUCCUGGCGAUGGCCCGGCCGGCGCGCCUGCUCGAGUGUCUGGAGUUCGAUCCCGAGCGGUUCUACAGGCUGCUGGAGGCCGCGGAGGGACACGCCAGACAUUUGCAGGGCAUAACAGACAUUCCACAGUACAUCAUCCACAAGCUGGGACUCUCCAAGGACCCGCUGGCCGAGUUGCACGCCCCCCCGCCCCCUCCCCUCCCGCAGAAUACCUCGCCUUCCAAGCUUCGCGGCCGCCAGUCGCCCCCCGGCUCGAGUUCGGGGGCGCCCCCCUCGGAAGCUGACUACCAGGUCAUAAAGCUCAUAUCGAACGGAGCUUACGGAGCCGUGUAUCUAGUCAAACACAAACAAACGAGACAGAGGUUCGCCAUGAAGAAGAUCAGCAAAAACAACUUGAUACUGAGGAACCAAGUGGAGCAGGCGUUCGCCGAGAGGGACAUCCUCAGUUUCGCUGAUAAUCCCUUUGUGGUGACCAUGUACUGCUCGUUCGAGAGCCGGCGGCACCUGUGCCUCAUCCUGGAGUUCGUGGAGGGCGGCGACUGCGCCACGCUGCUGCGCGCCGGCCCGCUGCCGCCCGACAUGGCGCGCCACUACUUCGCCGAGGCCGUGCUGGCCGUCGAGUACCUGCACUCCUACGGCAUCGUGCACCGCGACCUCAAGCCCGACAACUUGCUGAUCACUGCCACCGGCCACAUCAAACUGACAGAUUUUGGGUUGAGCAAAAUGGGACUUAUGUCGUUGGCGACGAAUUUAUAUGAGGAGUACGCCGACAGAGAGGCGCGGCAGUUCUCCGACAAGCAGGUCUGCGGCACUCCAGAGUACAUCGCGCCGGAGGUCAUACUCCGACAGGGCUACGGGAAGCCGGUGGACUGGUGGUCGAUGGGUGUCAUCCUGUACGAGUUCCUGGUGGGAUGUGUGCCGUUCUUCGGCGACACUCCUGAGGAGCUGUUCGCUCAUACUGUCAAUGAUGACAUAGAGUGGCCGUCGGAGGAAGACUUUCCGAUUGCGGUGGAAGCGAGAGCCAUCAUCACGGAACUCCUCGCGCGCAACCCGAGGGACCGGCUCGGGACUGGCGGCACCCAUCAAGUCAAGGACCACGUUUAUUUCUAUGGUUUGGACUGGAACAACCUGCUCAGGAGGAAGGCCGAGUUCAUACCGCAGCUGGAGAACGACGAAGACACCAGCUACUUUGAUAGUCGGUGCGAGCGUUACAACCACAGCGAGGUGGACACGGACGAGGCGGCCGACGCGCCCGACGACGGAGUGUUCGCCGCCUUCUCCAGCACCUCGCCGCAGUGGAGGAGGCACCAUCACUCCUGCGCAGAGCACGACUCCCGGAGCACGGACAGCUGGCCCGGCACACCGGACAGCGCCGGGCCGCCCACGACGCCCACAGCGCCUCUGCAUCAUCAUCAUCCGAAAUGUCCUGUGGCGGGCAGCAGCCAGCAGGUGUCGGCGGAGUCGUCGCAGACGGACAGCGAGGACGUGUCGCCGGCCGCCCGCCGCCGCGCGCCCCCCCGCCUGCACCUGCCCUCCGCGCUCGCCCUCACCCCCCGACUUUCGGACAUCCGAAGAGAGGACCGAAGCAUAGACAAACCGGAUAGAACGGAGAAGACGAAGCCGACAGCCAUCAUGGCGGCCAAGUCUAUGCGGCGUUCGGCCAGCACUUCAGGAUUGUCUCUGGUUAUACAUCCAGCCGACGACAGCAUGCUGAGCGCGGGGGCGGGCUCGCCGUGCGCCGGCAACACUUCCUCCACCAACUCCUCGAGGGACUCCUCGCCGUGCAGAGAUCCGCCUUCGCCGUUCGCUUUGCCGAAUCAUUCUUUGAUCCAAGCGUCGAAACCGCCGAUGGUUGUGCGGCGCGGCCCCCGCGGGUUCGGCUUCACGAUCCACACGGUCCGCGUGUACUAUGGCGACACGGACUACUACACUAUGCACCAUCUCGUCUCGGCCGUGAACGAGCAAGGCGCGGCGUGGGCGGCCGGUUUGAGAGCCGGCGACCUCAUAACGCAGUUGAACGGCGAGUCAGUGCAAGGGCUGCUGCACACGCAGGUGUUAAGGUUGCUAUUGGCAGCGCCGCACGCGACGUUACGAGCGACACCACUGGAUCAGACAACUAUACAGUCUGGUGGGCGUCGCCGUACCAGCGGCGGGAGGAGGGCGUACGCUCCCCCUCGACCUCGACCCCGAAGACGAUGCUCCCUGUUCAGGAGGAUAUCCACCAAACGCGCUACACAGGAAAUGCAUCAGAUGGUGUCGGGCGAGGCGGUGACGUCAGCGCCCCCCGCCGCGCCCCCCGCGCCCCCCGACGCGCCGCUGCACGCCAACACGCACUUCCAGAGACCGUCGUCGUUACACGGGCUGAAGCACAAGCUGGUGGGCGGCGCGGAGGUCCGUCGCUCUUCGCUGCAGCACAUGCCGCUGUCCCCCCUCGCGAGGACGCCCUCCCCCUCGCCGCAACCCCCGCCCCCUGCCUCGCCUACCAGUCGCGUGGAGGCCCGCAGUCCUUCGCCGCUCGCGACGCGGGAGUGCGGGCGCCGCGCCUGGCCGAGACGCGACCCCGCCUCCCCCCUCCUCCGCCGGGCGCUCUCGCCCGAUAGAUUACACCCUCGUUCAGCUGAAGCCAAGUGUUCGAUAUCGCCUCUGUGCUGCGGGGGGGUGGUGGCGGGCGUGUCGGUGAGCGCGGGGAGCACGCGGCGCGGCGGGAUGUGGCGAGCGCCCGCCCCCGCGCCUCCCACUCCGCCCCCCCAGGACAAGCCCGACGAGCCACCCCUGCCCAGGAUAGCAGAGGAGAAGGAUUCGCCGACGCAUCACGCCAGAAACUUGCCUAAUAGCCCGGCGAGACAGGCGACCCCCAGCAUCUUCACGUCAUCUCCGAAGACGAGUCUCGGCAAGUCUCCGUUCGACGCGUCCGCCUCAUUCGCGUCGCUCUCACUCUCCGACGAGUCCUACAUCGCGGAUUCGUCCGUCAAUCUAUCCGUCUUGGAUACGUCCAGGGACCUCUUUAUCGACGAGUCCAGGACGAGCACGGAGCCGAGCGUCGCCGACGAGAAACCACCAAAAGUAGAACCUCCAGUUAUCGAGCAGCCCAAAGUUCGGAAGAAGUCUGACUCGAGUCUUAAGGAGGAAGAGUUUAAAACGAAAAACAAAAAAACGGAACUCAAGAAACAAGAUUCCUUGAAGAAGAUCGAAGUCAAGGAUGAACCCAAAGCGGAAGAAAAAAAAGUUGACAAGCCAAUGGAACGAGCCGGCUCGGUAAAGAAGGUUGAGAAGGAUAUGAAAAAGGCGGAGAAGGCGGAGAAGAAACAAGAUAAACAAGAGCCGAAGAGGACAGAGUCCCUGAAGAAGAUGGAGGGACUGAAGAGACAGGAAUCUGUCGAACUAAAUAAGUCGCCAGAAGCGGUCGAGAACACGGAAGCUCGCAGCAAAAGCGUCGUCAGUAAGCUGCUGGGCGUGAUGGGGCGGCGCUCCACUAAGGACCGGGACGACGACGAGCAUCGCCUCUCCAAGAAGCACGAUAAGCACGCCAAAAGAAAGGUGAGCACGCAGGGCGGCAGUACGCCGGGCCAGCCCAGGCCGCCGGAGCCGGCGCCGCCGACGGAAAGAGAACCAGAGGACAAGAAACGCAAGAACCGCGGCCGCGCCUCCAGCUCCUCGUCAGGAGAGAAAUAGACAAGACAAUAAUCACCCUUAUGGCGAACGCUUUAGGCUUCGAUCUCGCUUAACCGUUACGGCUUUAGAAGUUUGAAGGUAAAGCCAUAAAUAAGUACACUGGUUUUCUAAAACAUAUGUUUUUUAAUUCUUUUGAAAUAUGAGGCAAAGACAUUUGUGGAACACGAGUCGCACGUGACAUAUCGUAGGUUGAUAUUGACAUGCCAAAGUUAGUGUCAAUAUUGUAUCUCGUAGAGACUUUCAAACUAAUCGGAUCAAAAAAUGUUAUAAAAGAUUUAUAUUCUGUCAACAAAAAAUAAAAAAACGGGAACAAAAAACCGUAGAGUCAGCGUCGAAUUCGAACGUAAAUUAUAAUUUAAAAAUAUCGGAACAAAAAAUUAAUGGAGUGGCUUAUUCUAGAUUGGCGGAUGUCCAAGAUCCUUUGUAAGUUAAUAAAAAUGCCCUGUAGUCUAUUGAUUUUUUAUUUAAUAUAUUUAAUCGACAAUCCUAUGAUCUGAAAGUUUGUUUCACGUUUUGAUUCCUUAAACUCUUGUUUUUUGUACUAUUAUUGUUGUGUAUUUGUGAUAAUCUACGUAAAAUAUUUAAAUAAAAACAAUGCCAACGAUAAAUACAACUUAUUUCUAAAGCCGUACGGUUCGAUUUUGUAUAAAUAUGUGUGUGUUCAAAUUAGCGCGAAAGAGGCAUACAUGAUUAAACUAGGGAAGAUGGUGGCGAUGAAUUGUUGUAUAUUUUGAUUGAAAUUCGUCUUUUAUAUUAAUAAUUAAUAAUAAUAAUAAUAUUAAUUAAAUGUGUGUUAAUGCUGAUUUUAAAAUCUUCAUAACCGUUUGCUGAUUGAUUGGGCAAUGUUUUUAAAAGGCCUCUUUCUCUAUGUCCAUUAUUGAUGUUGUGUAUUUCGUAAAUAUAAUUAAUUAAAAGUAUGUAAUUAGUUAUUAACGCUGUAAGCUUCCGUUUAGACUGUUUCUAGUUUUUAUUAUCGUCAUUAUUAGGGAACUAAAAGUUUUUUACGUAUCAAAAUUUUCUUUGUUGUUGAUUGGGUAAUAGAAAUUUCGCGAAGGAUUUUUUCGAUUAUUUUUUUUGGUAAUACAGUAUUUUUAUAAGGCGGCGUCGUAAAUUGUACGAUCAAAAUGAAUUGACUAGAUCCGAUUUCACGAUUUAGAAGUUGAUAACAAACAGUGUAACGUCAGAAAAACAAUUACAUUAUUAUUUUUUCUUUUAAGUUUUCCAUUAACUGUUAUCUGUGUAAAUGUUUUGACACGGAACAUUGAUAAGACAUAUGUAUGGCUGUUUUUAAUUUAAAAAAAAAAGUUUGAUAAUCCGAAAUAUCUUAACGUCUCAGAAGUGAAGUCAAUAGAAAAAUCUCAUUACUGCAUCUUCGAUUUGUUGAAAGGUUCAAAUAGAACAUGUCAAAUGCGUUUGGUAUUAUGACUAAUUUCCCAAAACCCUGUCGGUAGGGUAGGACCUAGCUUCAGAGCAAAGCGGCUUAGGUGAUCACCCAAAACUAUGAGAAUUCAUCAAACACAGAUUGGACAAUAGUGUCAAGAAAGAAAAAAAAAAGAUUUUUUUUUAUUUGACGACACUGGUCUCGUCUCCCUCCAGCCACAUCUGUCACCCGCAUCACUAUUAUCUUGCACACGAAUGACGUUUGACAUGUAACGUCACUGUCAUAAUGACAGUAUUGAAAGCAAAAAGAAUUGCAAUUUUUAAGAAUUGUUUUUUUACAUUGUCGUAAUUUGUUUUUUGGGUCUUAGAAUUAGGAAUAGUAUUUUUAGGUUACUUACUUAUUAAUUUUGAUAUAAAAUAAAAUAUUCUUUUUUAAUUAACAAAUAGCGUUAGUUAUAACUCUGUCUACUUUAGAACGUUAAAAAGAUGUAUUUCUCUGUCAUUCUAAAUAAUAAAUUUUAUCAGUUAUAGAGAGGCAAGAAUAUAGGAUUAAAAUGUAAACUAAUAAUGAAUUACAACUUAUUGAAGGAAUCAAACAAUUAAAUAGUUUCUAGUACAACAUAUAAUUCCGUAUAUUUAUAAGUUGGAUGAUCGAAAAUGCAGCCCUAAGUGUAAUCAAUUUUUUUUUCAGUCUAGAAUAACUCGAUAGAUUAUUUUUAAUUUUAAAU